AUGCCCCUAAAGAACGGUUCACUAUCUCCAGAUUAUACAACACAACUUCCCACAUAUUCCCGUCUGGAAAUAGCUAAACGCAUAGCCGAUGAUGGCGAUUUACUUGUUAUAUAUAAAAAUAAAAUUUAUCGUCUAAACAACUGGAUUAAAUAUCAUCCUGGUGGCGAAACAGCCAUUUUACAUAUGGUUGGAAAAGACGCAACUGAUGAAAUGAAUGCAUAUCACAGCCACGAAACAUUAAGGAAAAAGCUUCCGCUAUUUUAUUUCGGCAGCGUAGCUAAAGAAGAAGGAGAGUUCCAGUCGUUGGUUCCACCAAUUCAGUUAUCAACAGCGAAUAGUGGAACAAUAAAGUCGUUGGAACCUAAAACGUAUCCAGCGCUUAAUCUGCAUGAUCAACAUCGUAUAAUUCAAGCAUAUCGCCGCUUAGAUUCAAAACUAAGGUUUCUAGGUUUCUAUCAAUGUAAUUAUUGGGAUUAUGGUUAUGAAUGUAUACGCUAUAUAGCAACAGCAUUAAUUGUGUUCUUACUUUUAUAUUCUGGUACAAAAACGUGGCAUUAUUGUUUAUCAGCCCUGUUCUUAGGCGUUUUUUGGCAUCAGGUGACGUUUACAGCGCAUGAUGCUGGUCACUUGGCUAUAACACACAAUUACUACAUAGAUUCAACAGCUGGUAUGCUUAUAGCUAAUCUAUUAGGUGAACAUGAUCCAGAUAUUCAACAUUUACCAUUUUUUGCCGUUUCAACGCGUUUUCUUGAUUCAUUAUAUUCCACAUAUUAUAAACGUAUACUAACAUGCAAUCAAUUAACAACAUGUAUUUUACAGGUACAACAUUUAGCCUAUUAUGUUGUUCUGUGUUUUGGUCGUUUUAAUCUACAUGCACAAUCAUACAUUUAUUUGUACAAAUAUCCCCGUUCACCGUUUCGUAAAUGCGAAAUCCUUGGUAUAAUUAUAUACUGGUGUGGUUAUACGGCCACAAUGCCCCUCCAUGUCCUUUUUACUCUGGCACAUUUUGGAAUGUCAACAGACGACUAUGGUCCGUUAGAAUCAUUUCCGGCAAAAGUCCUUAGAACAACAAUGGAUGUUGCUUGUCCUGCAUGGAUGGAUCCCGUACAUGGCGGACUUCAGUUCCAAAUUGCACAUCAUUUAUUUCCACGUAUGCCUAGACAUCAAUUAAGACAUGUUAGUCCAUAUGUUAAAAAUUUUUGUGAUGAAGUUGGCCUCACAUACAAUAUCUACGGAUAUAUUGCAAGCAAUGGAAAAGUUUUAGGUGUAUUAAAAGAUGUGGCGAUUCAUGUAAAACUAAUGAAGAAAGUGAUGAACGAAGAAAGACAAAAAAUUCACUAG